AUUAUUUUUUGUUAUCAGAUAUUUUUAUUUUAAAAUCACUAUAAUGGUUUUAACCAGUUAUAUGGUAGAUCCACGGUAUAAUCUACCCCAUAUGCAAUUAACAUAGGCAUGACGUCUUAUCCUUUAUGUAUAAUCUAUGGUUACUAUUCGGCAACACUGCAAAUUGAUAAGCAGCCGUUAAAAAGGAGUGGAAUUAAGGCGAACUCAGGCAGUCAAGUACUUAGGCUGUUACUAUUGCUUAGCUUAGAUUACAUUAAAGAUGUACUGUUUAUAAUUUAAGGAUUGUUGGGACUGUGCAGUUUUUCGUUUUUGAUAACUAUUUAAUACUAAGGUACUUUAAAAGUUAUUAGUCGUUAAGUAAUUUAAUUAUUAUUAAUUCAUUGUACAUCAUAAGCUCGUAUGCGAAAAACAUAAUGGCUGUUCACGAAGGUAAUUGGAAUACAUUCGAGAAUUCUUUGUUUCAUUGUCUUAUAAAUAACCUAAUUACGAAUUUUACUUGAUUUGUCAUAUUUUUAUUUGGUACAGUGUCAUCAGGACCUCAAAAUAAACCUUAUGCGCCAAUCACAGUUUUGUUAACGGUUCCAACAAAACGAUCAUCUGAAUUGAAUCUUGUAAGACCUUUAAAAAACAUGAUAUCAACACUUUAUCAUUCAUCAGAUAAUCACGAAGACUACUCUGAUGCGUUAAAUGAAUUAAAUAGGCUACGCAGUCAGGCAUUGUUAAAGGCGUCAGAUAAAUACACUUAUUCUAUCGAAGGAAUAUCAAAGUAAACAUCUGAUCUUCUUGAGUGUUGAUCCUGUUUAGAUAAAUUAGUUUAUGUUAUUUAUUUGUUUUAAUUUUUAGUUAUUAUGAUCAGAUUACUUCUUUGGAAUCUAAAAUUCCACCAAUUGAUGUAAUGAUGCAUUUUAAAUGGAAAGAUGCUUUUAAUAAAUCUGGUACUUUUUUUGCUAAUGGAAGACACAGUUUAAGUAUGAUUAACUUAUACUAAUAUACUAUUUUUAAAUUUGACUAAUGUACUGAUAUUUACAAUUGAUGUUUUUUUUUUUAUAUAUAAUGAUUAGCCAUGCCUACAUUAGAUUAUGAGAGGGUGUGUAUACUGUUCAAUAUAGCAGCUCAUGAAAGCGCAUUAGCAGCUGCUCAAAUUUUAGACACUGAUGAAGGAUUGAAAACUGCUGUCAGAUUCCUUCAAGUAAUAUACAUUUAAACAUAAUUAAUGUUAUAAUUUUUAGGGGAUCAGUAUUGUGCUAAGACGCAUUUGACUGAACCUUUAUUUAGUUUCAAUAUAAAUAUUUUAUUAUUUAAUAAUUAUAUAUAUAAUAAUUAAUAAUAAUUAUAUAAUAAUUUAGUAUUUUGAUUUCUAUUUAUUUAACUAAUAUUAUUUGUGCAAUUAACUGAAGUUCAAUAGUACUUAAAAAAAGUUUCAUUUUAAAUGGGCACAUAUUAAUGUUAUUUAUUGUGUAAAUUUGUAUAUACACAACAAGUACAUAUAUACAUCAAAUUUGAUGAUUGAAAAGAAUAGCUGUGAUGAGAGCAAAUUUUAUGCUCCCGCCCAUAAGUUAAUAAUACCUAAUCUAAUAAAAACAUAAUUGCAACAAUUGUAAUAGAUAUUUAAAUAAUUAUAAAUAUCCAAUUUUUUUGAUUUUGAUUAUUGUCUAAAUUAUUAUAUAUUCUAAGCAGAGUUAUGGAUCUAUUGGUUUUACUAUGAAUUUUUUUUUUUAUGUAGAAUCCCCUAUUUUUUAAUAACCAUGUUAAUGCAAUCAGUGUGAAAUUUGUAUUUUUCUUAAAUUACUUAAAGUUACUUAAAUAUAAUUAUUAAUUUUAUAUACAACUGUUCUUGUUUAGCAAAGCGCUGGUAAAUUCUUGCAUUUAAAAACAACAGCUAUGAAUGUUAUUCAACAAGAUCCAACUCCAGAUUUAAUUCCAGAUAUGUUAGCAAUGUUAUCAUCUUUAAUGGUGGCUCAAGCUCAAGAAAUGAUUGGGUUGAAAGCAAAUUUAGGUAAUAUUAUUUGUAAUUUUUUUAUGUUUUAUUAUAUAGGGUUUAUAAGACAUUGACUUCAUUUGGGAAUUUUUUUUAUAGCAUUUUUGAUACACUCAUUUCUAAAAUGUUAGGAACAUGUCUAAUAUGUAACCUACUGAUAUGUUUGAUCUAUCAUAUAAUUUUGUUUUGUACUAUCUUGACCUGCCUCAAAAUUUAAUCUGCUGAUAUGGCUUUCCAUAGUAAAAUUGAUGUUUACAGAUUCUCACAAAGAUUUUAUAGUACCAUUGUAUAGAAAUCAAAUAAUAAAUAAAACUAAUGAUUGUUGAUAGUCUAUAACCAUUAUAGAAAACAUAUUUUAGCAAAUACUAUAAUAUAGGAUAUAUACUUCAAUAUAGGAUACAGCUUUAUAAAAACUGGCAAUCAAUUUUUUAAAAAUUCCUCCAAGAUAGUGAUUAAUUUGCCUAUUCUAUUUCUUAAUGUUUACAUAUUAUAUUAUGAAUUAUCUUAUAUUAUGAAUCAUCUUAAGAGUUCGGGUCUUAUUGCCAUAAAAUUGUUUAAAAUUUAAAAUCAAACAUCACAUAGUAGAACUAUUGAUUUUAUAAUAUAAAAUAAAAUGCGUUUAGAAACUAAAAGUAAAAUAAUUUGAAAUAUGAAAAUAUUAAAAUGGAAUUAAUUAUUACUAACAAUAAAAUUAUACUGCUGUAAAACAAAAUAUUAUAAUAUAAAAAUAACUACAUGAUAAUAAUUCGACAAGUGGUAAAAGUAGCACUACCUAACGUCUAAAUGGAAAUAAGGAAAAACUAGAAAGAGAAAAUUUUGUUGUUUGAUUUUCAUUUUUUUCCUUAGUUUUGUCUUUCCAAUUUUUUUCACCUGUUCUGUUUUGACUGGACCCGAAUAGUACUCAUAAACUAAUUUAAUACUAACACAAAUAUACUAGGCGGCGUUUACGAGAAUAGACAUUAACCAAACUUGGCCCCUUAUUAAAUAGCAGCGUGCUAGCCAAUUUUAGUUUUUACUAUAAAAAACAAUUUUAUAGUGGGCCUGCCUCAUAUUGUACCUGUUUCAAAAGUUAAAUUACCAAUAAUAUAUAUAUUAAUAUAAUUAAUUAAUUAUUUAUACAUUUUGAUUUUAGAUAAAAUGAAAUAUCAGUCAAUUGCUAAAAUAUAUGCACAAGGUGAAGAAUUGUAUACGGAAACAAUAAAACUGUUGGAAAGAGAUUCAGUUUCGGUUUCAUUAGAGAAAGAAUGGCCUGCAACUGUACUAUUUGAUAAUAAUAAUAUUUAAAUAUUUUUAUUCUUUAAAGUUUUUGUUACAGAUAUAUGCAAAGCAAAUUUUAAUGCAUGGCAUAGCCCAAUAUUAUCAGUCUAUGGUUUGUAAGAAUAAUAAACAUAUUGGCGAACAAAUAGCUAGACUCAAUGUAUGUACAUAUACUUAAUUUAAAAAAAAAUGAUUUUUAUAAACUAUAGUUAUAAAGUAUUAAUAUUAGUAUUGAUAUUAUUUUAUUCAGAUAGCUAAUUCAUGUAUAAAAACGGCUCAAGAACGAUGUAAUCGUUUAUUCUAUGCUUCAAUAUUGAAUAAAGUUGUGCAAGAAUUAAAUGAUGCAAAGAAAGAUAAUGAUUUUAUUUAUCAUGAACGAAUUCCUGAAGUAAAAGAUUUAGAUGCAAUACCCAAAGCUGUAGUUGCCAAACCUACUCCUGUACCUGCAAGGUUAACCGACAACUUUAAGGGUAGGUAUAUAUUCAACUUUUUUUGUUUAACUUUAUUAAUGAAAUUUCUAUAUUUAGAUCUAUUUGAAGAUUUAGUACCAAUAUCAGUUCAACAGGCACUCACUGCAUAUGAUGUACGUAAAACAGAACUUGUAAAUGCAGAGAUAGGAAAGUUGAGAGAAUCCACACAAAUAUUGAAUGGGUGUGUUGGUAUAAUUACUAUAUUAAUAUAAUUAUCAUAUUAUUUUAAUUUGUGAUGUCCUUUUAAAGAUGUUUAGCAUCAUUAAAUUUGCCAGCUGCAUUAGAGGAUGUUAAAGGUGUCGGUAUACCACAGUCACUUAUAGAAAAAUCAAAUAGUAUACGAAUGAGUGGUGGAAUAACAAAAUUAGAAACAAUGAUCAAAGAAUUACCAGAGUUAUUGAAACGAAAUGAAGAAAUAAUCAAUGAAGUAAUUUUUUACAUUGUUUAAAAAAAUAUAUGGUUUUGUAUAAGUAUAAUAACAUAUGUUUUAGUCUGAACGAAUGUUAAAUGAAGAACAAGCAUCUGAUGAACAACUUGAAGUACAGUUCAAAGAAAAAUGGAAUCGUAGUAAGUCCAGUACUCUUACUCAAGUGUUUAGAGUAAACAUCAGUAAAUAUCGAGAGAUAAUACAAAAUGCAACACUUGCUGAUAAGGUAAUAUAGAAGAAUUACAUUUUUUGACAUUUUUAGUUUAUUUUAAUUUCUAUUAGAUGAUACAUGAGAAGUUUGAAACUCAUAAGCGAGCAUUCUAUUUGCUAACAGAAGGUCAGGAAGCCAUACAAAAUAUAUUACCAGCUGGAUCAAAUUCUGGUGUUAAUUUUGCCAACUCUACAGCUGCAGAUAAAUUAAAACAUUUAAUGGAAGAAGUAUGUAUUAAUUAUUUAUUUUUAUUUAGAAAGUUUUUAUUAAGAAAUUGAUUUAGGUAGAAGUUUUAAAAACUGAAAGAGAUGUUAUUGAAACGGAAUUAAAAUGUGCCACGACUGACAUGAAAUCAAAGUUUUUGAAUGCCCUAUCUGAGGAAGGGUCCAUUCAUGAAGCAAAUUUAUCAACGGAAAGUUUGGAUCAGUCUUAUGGACAUUUAAAAGCUCAAGUUCGUGAUAGUCUUGCUAGACAAGAGACACUUUUAUCAAAUAUACAAGUAAACAUUUUUAAAUAUUUUACUUUAACAGUUCAUUAAUUAAUUUUUAUUUAUUUAUCUAGGUUGUGAACACAGAAUUUUGCAAAGAAAAAAGGAGUGGUGGACAAAGGGAAGUUCUAUUUAAAGAUUUAGCAUCUGGUUAUGAUGUUUUUAAUGACUUACAAAAUAAUUUGAUAGAAGGAACAAAAUUUUAUAAUGAUUUAACUGAAGUAAUUAUAUAAUAUACAUAUAUUUUUAAUAUUUUAUAAUGUUAUCUAUUAACAAACAAAUUUAAUAAGAAAAUAGGUUAAACAUUAUUAUUCUUUAUUCUCUAAACAUUUUUUUAUUUUAAAAUUUAUGCAUGCUUUGUUAGGUAGUAUUUUACGAUAAUAGAAUAUUUUUCUAUUAAAUAUUAUAGCCAUAAAUUAAUAUUUUCAUGUCUUUAAAAAUAAAACAAACAAAUUAUGUACAAAAUUAUUUUUCUAUUAUAACAUAUUUGAGUGUCCUUAAAUUAAAAUUUAAUUAUGUUGUUAGACCAUUAGUUGUUUAUAUCAUUCACAAUUAUGAAACUUCUGUCGCUUUUAAAUACAGUAAAAUUUACUAUUACUUUUAGUUUCAGAUUCCGAGUAUAGUGAGGGAGCUAUUUAUUUUACAAUUCUGUUUAAAUAAUUUUUUUUGUUCUUUGUUCUAGUCUGUGGACACGUUUUUUCCUAGUAAACUUGUUACAAUUUUUACAUGUAGCAACUUUUCUGAUAGCUCAAGUUGUCUAGAUGGUACUUUAAGAGGUCAUUUUUUUAAAUUUUUGGUACCAUUCUUUAAAUAAAAGCAUUUAAGUGGGAAAAACGUAGGAAAACAUAAUUUUAUGAUUUCAUUAUUUUAUAAAAACAUGAAUGACAUUUUUUACCAGAAAUAAUAAUUUAAUUGAAAAUCACAAGACAUCUUUUUUGUUACUUUUUUGAUUUACUUUCUUAUGGUAUCAUUUCCAAAACUUUUGAGCUUUUAAUUUUUGGGAGUUUUUUUGCUGUAAUCCGGUUAUAAAUACAUGUAGAGACUUAAAACUUGGUAAUAAUACUGAUAUUGAACUUACCUAAAUAUGGUAUAAUUUCGAAAAUCAUCGAACAACUUUUUUUUUUUUAAUAAGCGUUUUGAAAUUAAAUUUACAUGAAAAUCAUAAAAAAAAAUUACGGUACUUCAAAUUAUGUAUUACCAAACUGCGCUCGGAAUCGUCUUUUGUCAAGCAAUGGUUUAUCAUUGCUUACAGAUAUAAACGAAAUAACCUUAUGUGUCCUUCCUUCCCAACUUCUCACAACAGUGGCCGCUCCCAUCCCCAGUAUCAGCUCUUUUUGAAAUGUAUACUUUUAUGAAAAGGUUAGCAUAGGUAUUCUACUGUAUUAUUUUUAAGAGAAUUUUCCAUUUAAAAGUAAAUGUGAAGAUUAAACAUAUUGUUAUGUAUAAUAAUUUAAGGUUUAGAAUAUAAUUAUUAUUCCAGAGUACCCAUUUUCUAUUUAAUACAAUUAUUUUAGUACUUUAUUAACAAAAAAAUGUAUUACAUUUUAAACUUCAUAGUUAACUACAUUAUUUUGAUGAAUUUUAAAUUUUAUCUUUUUUAAGUAUUAGUUUUUUAUUUUUAAAAUUUGGAAAUCUUUUUUAAAGUAAUGUUUAUUGUAUUUAUGCCAAGCUAGAAAUAAGUUCUCUUUUGAAAUAUUUUUAAAUUUUACUUACCUAUAUUUUUUUUUAUAAAUAAUUUUAUUUUAGAUAUUAAUUGCAGCACAAAACAAAAUAUCUGAUUUUUGUUUUGCUCGUAAAACAGAGAAAGACGAGUUACUUAAAACUAUUACGUCAAAUUUAAGUAAAGAAAAACCAGUUUCUAUUCCAACAGGACCUAUGACAAGUCAACUUCGUAAAUAUAUUUUCAGAUUUUAACUAAUAACUCCUUUUUCAAUAAACAUUUAAACAUUUUUAUUUUAUUUAGAAGAAAUGAGUGCAGCUUCUGGAUUGAGUUCAACAAUGAGUGCACAGCUUCCUUAUCCAAUGCAGCCUCAGGGUAUGCCAUUACCAUAUACACUUCCAAGGACUGGUCCAUAUACUUAUGCACCGCCAAUGCCAACUGUGUAUAAUCCUUAUGCAACACUUCAUAAUUAUCAGCCACAAGGUAUUGUCAAAUUGAUAAAUAAUUAAUACUAAUAAUCGUUAUACUAUAUAUCAAUAAUAUUUGUAAUUCAAUACUUGUUUUUCAUCAUUCUUUAUAUUUCACUUUUAAAUAUAAAACUAUGAUUUAAUUGUAAUUUUUUUUUAAUAAAUAUACACUACAGUUAGUUUAUAAAACUAUAAAAAAACAAUAAAUAACUGAAUUUAGCCAGUUGUUUUUAUUAUGUAUUCUAUUUUUAGUGUAUCAGAAUUAUCCGAUCGCAGGUCAACCUGGUCAAUAUCCACCACAAUAUCCACCACAAUACCCACCACAAAAUCAGCAACAUCCACCAUGGUAAAUGUAUACUGGCAUUUAUGAAUAAUGUUUAAAAAAAAAUGUGUUAUAUCUAUUUUAAUUUAUACGUACAUUUUUUCAAACAACAAUUAUACAUACUAUUAUUGUUUUUUUUUUUAACUGAACAAUAUUUUAUGUUCUAUUCAACAUAAAAAAAAAUAUGAAUUAUAUUCAAUCAUCGAUUUUAUACUUACAUUUUCAUAUUUAUAGCUAUUUAUUUUAUUAUGUAUUUUAUGUUUACUUAUCCAUUAUAGAAUUAGAGUAUUUAUUAAUUAAAAGGUUGGCGAGAAAAACAUGAUGCUAUGUAACAUUUUGUAAAUUGUAAAUUUGUUAACGUACAUAGCACAUUUUAUUAUUUAUCAAAAAAUUACUGAUUUCUAAGUUUAUACAUGAUAAUUAUGUAUGAUAAGAACAUUCUGGAAAUUUAUUGAUUCUAAAAAUAUGUGUCGUGAUUGCUUCAUAGCACAUUAUUCCGCAAAAAAAUGUUACAUAGCAUGUUAUUCCCGCCGACCUUUCUUCAAUUUCUAAUAAAUUAAAGAAACGUUGAUUAUAGUUUAUUUUACAAUAUAUUGAUUAAACCAGUUAAUAAAUAAUUAACAAGUGUUAAUUUUUUAAACAAUUA